AUGUGCCUCAUCUGGACCCGAACAUACACCCUCUGCGGCUGCACGCGCGAGAUAACAACCACCCACUGCCCACCAGAAGCCAAAUCCAAAUGCCCGGGCCAGAAACUCAUCUUCUUAAAGAACGGCUCGAUAACAUGCAAAGGAUGCUGGAGAAAGGGAGAUAAUCGAAUGCUAAUCUCGAGUUCGGAUGGAGAUGACGAGCACGAGCACGAGCAUGAGUACUAUUCAGCCGAUGACCCUGAGACUCCGCGUCCAGUAGAUAGCGAUGGAUCUGAGUCCAAUGAAAUUUGGCACGAGGCAGUAGAUAGUAGAAGUACUGACAUACUAACGUCAACAGAUGAGUCCGAUUCCGAGUCCGACAACGAAAACGACCUCUUCAUGGACGCAUUUGAAUACAUCGCCGAUGACGAAUGUUCGUCUCCGGGUCCAGACUCGACCAGCGACGCCGUUCCUUGA